CACGAAUCCGCCAUGUUUUUUCCUAUCUGCUGCUGCAGCAGUCGUCAUCGCUGCCUUGUUUCGUGUCACAAAUAGUGGGCGAAUAUUAUUUACUUUUCCUGCUACACGGUGAUUCAACUCAUUGCGAUUGGCUCGGCAAGCUGCAAGUAAAGUAAACGCUGGUAAUGCGUUAAUUGUGGGAUCGCGAACAACUCGAGCUCGAUGUGAAAACUAGCACCAAGGGCUGGAAAGCUGCCAAGGGGCUCCAAACGACGACGACGACAACGACGGCGACGCAAAGAGCGACGUUGCUUGGACUCCAACACCACCCAGCACAUCAUUACGAGGCGAACGACCGAGACAGAUUUCGGAAUCCCUGACUGCAUUGCAGCAACCGUUAAAGCGUUGUCCAUUUCCCGUGUUUUGUUGUUGUUGAAUGUGUGCGGAUUACUUUCGCCCGGGCCAUCUCGAGUGUGUGUAUCAUCAGCAUCGAAGGGCAACCUUCCAGCAAAAGCAGGAACUUUGGUGAGAGUGUGUGUGGUGCAGUGUUUGUGUGCAUGUCUACUUGUGCCCAGUGACAAACGCCAAAGUGUGUCCACGGUCAUCGUGUAUGCGGUAGUUACAGUGCACACUCACACACAACUGGUACUGGGUGGGUGGGGCAGGUAGAAAGGGCAGAGAGCAAGGAAAGGCCAACGAGCACCUUCACCUCUACCACCACCGUGUGAGGUGUCUGUCGGCAAUCCCCCCGCACGGAGGCUGACAACUCUUCGCCACCGCAAAACAAUCAUAUACCCACGAGGACGGCGGCCUAAAACGGCAUCGGCUAAGCGAUGAAUCGAACGGACGGGCUUGUGCGACGUGUAAAAGCACGCGACACCGAAUCGAACGGAGGAUCGUCUUCGUCCGCGGCAAAUAAUGUCGAUCAGGAGGACAACAAAGUAGACAAGGAGGACGAGAUGGAAGACUGCGACUCCAAGGAAACGCGGCUGACUUUGAUGGAAGAGGUGCUGCUGUUGGGGCUAAAGGAUAAGGAGGGCUACACAUCAUUCUGGAACGAUUGCAUAUCGAGCGGGUUGCGAGGAUGUAUCCUGAUUGAGCUAGGCCUUCGCGGGCGUAUCGAACUGGAGCGAGCCGGUAUGCGAAGGAAGGGUUUGUGCACGCGAAAAAUCAUUCUCAAAUCCGACACACCGACCGGUGAUGUACUGCUCGACGAGGCCUUGAAACAUAUUAAAGAAACGUGCCCACCGGAGACCAUUCAGAGCUGGAUCGAAUAUUUGAGCGGGGAAACAUGGAAUCCGUUAAAGAUACGCUAUCAGCUGAAAAAUGUUCGCGAGCGGCUAGCCAAGAAUUUAGUCGAAAAGGGUGUACUAACGACGGAGAAACAAAAUUUUCUCCUAUUCGAUAUGACGACACAUCCACUAACUGAUAACGUUAUCAAGUGCCGGUUGGUAAAGAAGAUACAGGAUGCGGUACUAACGAAAUGGGUCAACGAUCCUCAGCGGAUUGGCAAGCGAAUGCUCGCGCUGAUACUGCUGGCUCACGCGAGUGACGUCCUGGAGAAUGCCUUUGCACCGCUCAACGAUGACGAUUACGAGCUGGCGAUGCGGCGAGUGAGAGAGCUGCUCGAUCUGGACUUUGAGGCGGAAUCCGCCAAAUCGAACGCCAACGAAGUGAUUUGGGCCGUCUUUGCGGCCUUUACCAAGUAAGAUAAGCCAACCCCUUCCUAAUUCUGCCUAGCCGCAAUAAUGCCGACCCCCCAUUACAAUGCCACUGCUGCGGGUGGAAGAAAGAGCAAUAGGCAAACAGUGCUUCACGAGCGUGUAACCCAACGGCAACGAAUGUGGUAUGUGAGCAGGAAUAUACCAUAGUAGUCCCCUCACCGACUUUCUAACAGAUCUCUGUACGCUUCGUGUGUUACACACCGCCGGAGAAGAACAGUGAGUGGGUGCAAAAUAAGACAGCACUAGUACGACAAUUCGCUGCUCAUUGUGAUGGGUUUUACCGAUUGCUUUCGGUUGUGCGAAUCGUUUUCCAAAGUGCACUAAUACAUCUCCCAGCUCCUAGAUGUUGUGGCCAAUAGAAGGGACCACUAGUAAAGAAAACAGGAAGGAAAGCGCAAGUUGCAAACACAAAUUGAUUGACACAACGACUUGCCACGAUUGCCCGAUGUGAGCGCGCAAGUGUAAUAAUAGAAUCGGAUGGAUAGAAUUGUGAUUUUUAGUUGUUUGGAACAUGCAAGGUAAAUUGUUAAUAAGGCAUUUUGCUUCAACAAAGUAAUAUUCUAAGCACUAACGUAUGAGCACAGUCUGAGCAGAGAUACGAUACAAUAAUAAUGGGCAAAAUUGUAAACGAUUUCGUACUCCCCGUUGUGUGCCGUAGGAAGAAGUACUAUUAUCAAGCAAAUGCAAAUGAUACAGCGCCCGAUACGUGCCCCCGACACGGGGCCGAUUACAUACAACAACAACAACAACAAAAGCACAUAAAGUUUCGUAACUUUCGGUGUUCAAGAAUACAGUGUACGUGCACUCGCCGUAAGUUUACACUUUUGUAACGCGCUUCAGUAUAAGCUAUUCCACUAACGAUCUAACGUUCAUUUGAUGCAGUAAAUCCCCAUGGAAUAGACUCAUGAUGAGACGAAUUAAUUUAUCCACAACAUUCUAUUUCCACGGUCAAGCAAUUGUUACUAAACUACUCGUCUUCAGUUAGAAUGGCCUCCUUUACAGGGUUACAGACCAACUAAUUGCAUAAUUGUUUUAUUGUUAAGUAAAGCCACAGUUAGGUUCUAUUCGCUGCCUAUUGUUCUACGACACUUGCAUGGACACUUAUAAGGAUAGGAAAUCAAGCAACUAUUACCUACGAUUUCAUUCAGUUGAUCGUACACGUGAUAAAAUGUUUAGCAUUGAUUUGACGCACGCAAUGAAAUCCGUGAAGCAGCAAUACUUUUAUUUAAACAUUUCAUAGCUGAUUUUAUGAACGCAAAAUAGAGAACAAGGUAAUUAUAAUAAGCCGGCAAAGUUCUUCGUAAACCAACCGAGUGGGGGGGGGGGGGGAGAUAGAACCUUUUUUUACACAUCUGCUAGUUAAACAAUUUUCAAACUAUCUAUAGCAAUAGAAGCAUAGCUAAUCGUUGCUGUAGAGCAUAUAUUAUCACGUCAGUAAGGAAAUGCCAAGCCCGCAAAUAAACGUUCAAGAAGAAUACGAUUUAAUUUCGUCUUAACAUCACCAGAAUUCCGGUUCCCAUGCAUCCAGCUAGUGGCGAAAAAAAAUUAACAUUUUUCAUGAAGCUGGAUCAAAAACGGGAGCAGCGAACGUGCAAUUCAAAUUACUUGUAAAACAGUUCGAAACAUUCUUCACUAUCGUGUUUAAGAUUAAUGCUAUACUUUCUCUAUUUGUUUUGCGUUGUGUUUUUUUUAGUAAAUUUUAUGUUACUGGGCUUUUUUACAAUCUAUAUAUGAUGUAUUUAGCGAUAGUACGUAUUACUGUAAGGAAGCAAAGUGUUCGUUUUAGGUUCAGGGCUUUGGCGAAACAGAAAUCAAACCACACGACGACAGUACGGUUCCAUAAACACUGGAGUACGAUGCAUGCGGGGUCGCACACAUGCUGUGUUAAAAUCGAUCUUUUUCCUUAAAUUUGCAACGGAUUUAAAUGAACAACAGAAAAUUGUACAUAGCGAAACAGACAGUGCAGUGGGGGUGUCGAACCUAUUGUUAACGUAAAUAAGUAAAACAAGAUAUGUAAAGAAAUAAAAAUAUAAAUUGGUUAAAGUCUUUAACAAUA